AUGAUGAUGCCAACAGUAACCACUUUUCGCGAUCCACUUGAAGCUCCACUUCGUAAAUUAAGUGUUGAUCUUAUUAAAACAUACAAACAUAUAAAUGAAGUAUACUAUGCUAAAAAGAAAAAACGUAGUAAUAAUCAAGUGAUCGAAGAAAAUGGUUUGCAUAAGAAGGAGAAAAAGAAUUUAAAUGAUGGAUAUGAUGAUGAAAAUCAUGAUUAUAUCGUACGACCAGGAGAAAUAUGGCUUGAACGAUAUACAAUUGAUUGUUUAAUUGGUAAAGGUAGUUUUGGACAGGUCGUCAAAGCAUUUGAUCAUCUUGAUGGCGAAUAUGUAGCUAUAAAAAUAAUCAAAAAUAAACGUCCAUUUCUAUCGCAAGCUCAAAUUGAAGUACGUCUUCUUGAAUUAAUGAAUCAACAGGAUAUGGAUAAUAAUGGUUAUAUUGUUACAUUAAAACGACAUUUUACAUUUCGUAAUCAUUUAUGUCUUGUAUUUGAAUUAUUAUCUUAUAAUUUAUAUGAUCUAUUACGAAAUACAAAUUUUCGCGGUGUAUCACUUAAUUUAACACGAAAAUUUGCUUUACAACUUCUAUCUGCAUUAUUAUUUCUUUCUCAACCUGAACUUAGUAUACUUCAUUGCGAUCUGAAACCUGAAAAUAUUCUUUUGGUUAAUCCUAAACGAUCUGCUAUUAAAAUUGUUGAUUUUGGCAGUUCAUGUCAAAUUGGUCAGCGUCUCUAUCAAUAUAUCCAAAGUCGAUUUUAUCGUUCACCAGAAGUGUUGCUUGGUAUUCCAUAUGAUAUGGCGAUUGAUAUGUGGAGUCUUGGUUGUAUUCUUGUUGAAAUGCAUACAGGCGAACCAUUAUUUAGUGGUACAAAUGAAUUUGAUCAAAUGAUGAAAAUUGUUGAAGUACUCGGUAUACCACCAGCUCAUAUACUUGAACAAGGAACAAAAACUAAACGUUUUUUUGAUCGUCUACCUGAUAAUACAUGGAUACCACGGAAGAGUAAAGACAGAAGGUAUCGAUCACCUGGUACACGUAAAUUACAUGAUAUUCUUGGUGUUGAUAUUGGUGGUCCAGGUGGACGUCGGGCUGGUGAGCCAAAUCAUUCCGUAUCAGAUUAUAUAAAAUUUAAAGAACUUGUUCAACAAAUGCUUGAAUACGAUCCAAAACGGCGUAUAUUACCAUUUAAUGCAUUACAAUCGAAUUUUUUCAAACGAGUUCCUGAUGAAACAUCAAAUGUUAAUCAUCCAACAACAACAGCAACAAAUAAUAAUAAUAAUAAUAAUCCAUUGUCAAAUCUUAAUUCGAAUAGUUCACCUAAUCUUGAUCCCAGCCUUCGUUAUCGUCAUUUAAUUGAAACAGUACAACCACCAAAUCUAUGGCAACCAACAGAUUCAUUUAUGCCUGGAAUUCCAAGACCAUAUCCUGCUCAACAAACAGCAAAUACUAAUAGUUCUAUUUAUUUAACAAAUAGUUACCCAACUGAUUCAAUAGAUCUUGCUGCACCAACAGAAUUUCAAUCAACGAACAGCUAUUAUCCAUCUCAGAGAACUCAUACAUCACCGUCCGGAACAACAUUUCCACCAUUAUUUACAUAUGUUCCACAAAAUUUUAAUCAUCAUUUAUCAUCAACUAUUGACGAUAAUUCUUUACUUAUACAAAAUCCUAUUAUAUUUCUCAGUUAUCUUCUUGGAUGUGCAUCAACAAUUGCUGUAUGCAUAUGUUUAUUUAUACUUUAUGGAAUUUAUUCACCAGGAACAAUUUUUGCAGAAGAACAAUACCCAACAGUUCGUCCAUUAUCUCAAUAUUUUGAAGCAAAAAAUUCAACAGUUGAUGCUGUAAAUUAUAUAUUAAAUUGUUUAUUUCAAGAACUAAAAGAUACAUCAAAAUUAAGACGAUAUAUUAUGCAGAAAUUACAUAUCGAAUUUGAUGAAUUAAAACAAACUCGAUUAGGAAAAAUAUUUCUUCGAGAUAUUGCAAUACGAAGUUUUUCUAUGGGACACGAAUGUCUAAUAUUCAGUAAUAUUCGUUUUGAACGACAAGUACGAGAUGAACGUCAAUUAAUUAAAGAAGUUGUAGCUAAACUUAAUGGUGAUUAUCAAGAUGGAUUUUCUUGUACACUUGAUAUUACACUUGCAUUUGGUCAUCAAUGUCAAUUAUAUAUAAAAGUUAAUCGUAUUCAAGGAGAGUUACGUUUAGAAUUUCGACGUGAACCAUUUUCGCAUUGGUUAUAUGCUUUUCAAGAUGAACCAUUAAUUGAUUUAGACGUUAGAGCUUAUUUAUAUUCUCACGAAAUUCCACUAUUAGCAAAAAUCAUACGUGGACGUAUUAUUCAUACAAUACGACGUAAAAAUAUAUGGCCAAGUUAUAAAAUUCGUUAUCCACCAUUCUUUUCGAAAUCAAAACAAUCCUUACCAAUUGAAAUUCCAUCUGUGAAUGAUAAUAAUAAUUUUAUACCUGGUAUAAUUGAAAUUCUAAUCAAGUCUUGCGAUCGUCUUUCAAUUCCUUUUGAAAUAUUCAAUAAAGAAAAUUAUUCAUUAGUAUCGAUUUUUUUAACAAUUAAUAUUAAUGAACAAAUGUGUAAGGAUUAUUUACAUAUUAAUCGUGAUCAAUGGAUAAGAAAACAUAUCGAAUUUAUACCACAAAUACAUAAAAUAAAUAUAAUAGAAGUUCCGUAUAUGGAUCGUACAGAAUUUUUAAUUGAAGAAUUUAAUCCAAUACCGGAUGAAAUUGAAGAUAUAACAAUAUUUAAAGCAGCAUUAGAAGAUAAAAAUGUUUUUCUACUUCAAAUUCAAGAUCAAGAAAUAAGAACGUUAAAGCAAAUAAAUCGUUUAUUAAAGUCAAAAUCAACUAAUGGACAUCAACAAAAAGUCAAAAUCGUUGUUGGAAUGCCUUUAUUGAAUAGUGUUCAAGUACGACGUGUAGUUGAAAUAGAAGAUACUUAUACAAUAGAAAAAGCGGCUACAGUUGCUCUUUCUGAACUUAUAUUUGAUGCUCAUAUGAGUUUUAAACGUGAAACUGAAACGACACUGAAUUUUCGACCUACUUAUUCUUCAAAAUCUAAUUUAAAACUUAUUCAAACAAAUUCCAAAAGUCAAAAACUAGCUGAAUUAAGGACACAUAGAGGUUAUGAUGAUAAUAUGGCUCAUGGGUUUGUUACAAUUAAUUUUCAGCACCAACCAGAAAUUGAAACGAAAUUAAAUCAAGAAGACAAAAAAGAAUUUAUAACUGAAAAAGAUGAUAAUCAAAAUAAAGAACAAUCAAUGUCUACUAAUGAAGAACAUAAAUUGCCUUUAUCGAAUUCUACUAAUCAUUCAUUUGAAGAUCAUGCAUUUAGUAUCGAAACAUUAUGUGCUUAUUGUAAUAAAAAAAUUUGGACAAAAACUGGUCGUCAAUGUCGAAAUUGUUCAAUGACAAUACAUAAAAAAUGUGAAGAUAAACUAAAUCAUCAACGUACUUGUACACAUGAAUCUAUUCAUUUAAAAUCUAAAGAAUCUGAAGAUAAUCAUUCAACUAUAUCCACUAAUGAUGUUGAUUCAAGUUCAAAUACGAAUCAAACAACAAUAACAUCUCAUUCUUCAUCAACUAUAGGAACUUCUACUGCUGCAUUUUCUAUAUUUGAUUUAACGUCAAAUAGACUGUUUCAUACAUUAAUGAAUAAAAAUGUUAAUUUAAUACCAACAUUAAAUUUAUCAAAUGAUCAAUUGGAUCAUAAAUCAUCAUCUUAUACAGAAAAACAACUUAUAAAAAAUCUUCCAAUUUCAACAUCUUCAAAAUUCAUUAAUGCUGCUUCAUUAGCUUAUAGUAAAUUACUUGAAUUUAAAAUAAAACGAAUACCUCUUUCGUUAACAUGGGAAACAAAAAAGAAACGAUCACUAUCUGAUUCGAUUACAUAUGAAAAUAUUUCGGAAGAUGACCUGCAAGAUAUUAUAACAAAAUGCUUGUCAGAUGACACAAUUGAUAUAAAAAGUUUCGAAAAUUUACUUCAUGAAAAAGCUGUUGAUCAUACAGUACUUUAUGCAAAAGCUAAUGAAUUCGGAUCCGAAUUAUUUCCAGAUUUAACAAUUGAAGAACGAAAACAUAAAUUUGAGACUGAAAUUUCUCGAUUACAACAAGAAAUUGAUUUACAAGAUCGAAUACGUGAUGAAAUGAUUAUUGAAUAUAAUAGUGAUCUAACGGAUGAAAAUGCUAAAAGAAAAAUUCAAGCAAAAAUUACUAAUGUUGAUGAAAAAGUACAAGCACUUGCUGCAUUGACAAUUCUUUAUUGUUCCGGUCUUAGAUAUUGUUAUUCUCAAUUGUAA